AUGCAUUUUCCAGAGAGAAAGGAAUCUUUGGUGACGUAUCGACUGCUCCUGCUCCUGCUCCUGGUGUGUGGUUGGGAAUCGGUUUCUGGACAGCUCUCCUAUUCCGUUUCAGAGGAGGUAAACCCGGGGACAUUUGUGGGAAACAUCGCCAAGGAUUUAAGUCUGAAUGUGCCUGAGCUGGAAUCACAUGCAUUUCAGAUUGUCGCCGGUUCCGAAAAUAAAUAUUUCGAGGUGAAUUUAAAGACGGGAAUUUUGUAUGUGAAUGAGAGAAUCGACAGAGAGGAGCUUUGUCCAAGCGCAGUCAAAUGUGUGGUUAAUGUAGAAGCUGUUAUUAACAAUCCUCUAAGACUUUAUCGUGUAGAAGUUAAUAUUAUGGACGUUAAUGAUAAUGCUCCCUCUUUUCGAGUAAAACGGCAAUAUGUCAAUAUAACUGAAAACACGUUGCCAGGAGUGCGAUUUCCUUUACCCGGGGCCUAUGAUGCGGAUGUAGGGAAAAAUGCUAUAAACACGUAUAAGUUGAGUCCGAAUGAACACUUCUCUCUGGCGUUGCACAAAGGGGAGAGUGUAUCCGCUGGGUUGGUGCUGCAGAAAGCUCUAGACCGAGAGAAACAGCCUGAGAUUCAGCUCCUUCUGACUGCUGUAGACGGAGGAAAUCCACCGAGAUCUGGCACCAUGCAAAUUAUUGUAAAUGUGUUAGAUGUCAAUGACAACCCUCCAGUAUUCAGCAGUUCUUUGUAUAAAGUUAGUAUCUUUGAAAAUACGCCACCAGGGACAUCGAUAAUAACUCUAAAUGCCACAGAUUUAGAUGCAGACACAAAUGGUGAAAUCAUGUACUCCUUUAGUAAGCUUGAGCAAGGACAUACGUUUGAUAUUUUCACAAUCGAUUCCCAUACUGGAACAGUUACAGUGAACGGAGUGAUAGAUUUCGAACAAAAUAACGCGUUUGAAAUUCACACUGAAGCUAGCGAUCGAGCUCAGUCACCUUUGGUCGCUCACUCUAAACUGUUGAUUGAAGUGAUGGAUGUCAACGAUAACGCUCCUCAAAUAAAAGUGACGUCUCUCUUGAACAGAGUCAAAGAAGACACAAAACUGGGGACUGCGAUAGCUCUUGUUUCAGUUCUUGAUGUAGAUGGCGGUAAAAACGGAAUCGUGAAUUGUUACAUCCCGAAUGAAUUUCCUUUUAAAUUGGAAAGUAAUUAUAAGAACUACUAUUCGCUGGUAGUUGACGGGCCGUUGGACAGAGAGACCGCUUCUGAGUACAAUGUCACCAUCACAGCUACUGAUGAGGGGACUCCGCCUCUCUCCAGCACCAGCGUUAUCAGUGUGAGUAUUUCAGAUGUAAACGACAACGGACCUCGAUUUUCGGCGCCCUUGAAUAACGUGUAUGUGAAGGAAAAUAGCCCAGUGGGGUCUGUGAUCUACACUGCAUCUGCCUUUGAUCCUGAUUUAAACGAAAAUGCAAAAGUUUCCUAUUCUUUAUUGGAGACUUCGGUAAAAGGUGCCGCUCCGUCGUCCACUUUCAAAGUGAACUCUAUAAGUGGGGAAAUCUACAGCUUGCAGUCUUUUAACUACGAGGAGACGAAGUCAUUCCAGUUUCAAGUUCAGGCUACAGACUCUGGGGUUCCUCCACUUAGUAGCAGCGUUACUGUGAACAUUUUUAUCCUGGAUGAGAAUGACAACAGCCCUGUGGUUCUUCCACCUUAUUCUGGCCAGGGCUCCGUUAAUACUGAGAACAUUCCCUAUUCUGCUGAAGCGGGCUACUUUGUGGCCAAGAUCAGGGCUGUAGACGCAGACUCUGGUUACAAUGCGCUGCUUUCUUAUCACAUCACUGAACCCAAGGGAAGCAGCCUUUUCCGAAUCGGAAGCAGCACCGGGGAAAUAAGGACUAAGAGGCGAAUGAGUGACAAUGACUUGAAGACUCAUCCAUUGGUGGUUUUGAUAUCUGACCACGGAGAACCUUCCCUCUCAGCGACUGUGUCUAUUGACGUUGUAGUUGUUGAAAGCACAGAUGAAAUACAGACAUCCUUUAAUCAGUUGCCAAAAAAGGAGGACACAUUUUCGGAUUUAAAUCUGUAUUUGCUGAUCGCCAUUAUCUCGAUUUCAAUUAUAUUGCUAUUCAGUAUUAUUAUUUCAAUUGCUGUGAAAUGCCACAGGACUGAUAGUGGGUUGAGCAAGUACAGCGCUCCAGUGAUCACCACACACCCUGACGGGAGCUGGUCUUACUCCAAAUCUACUCAGCAGUAUGACGUGUGUUUUAGCUCAGACACACUGAAGAGUGACGUUGUGGUUUUCCCUACGCCGUUUCCGCCUGCUGAUGCGGAGCUGAUCAGCAUUAAUGGAGCGGAUACUUUUAAACGGAACCAAACUCUACCCAACAGCGAGAAGGUAAGAAUCAAUUUUCACAAGAAGCUGAACUUGAAAUAG